AUGUCAAAAACCACGGAGUCGAUUGAUGAGACUCUUCCGUCAUACGACGAGUCUUUGCUACCUGGUGAGGAUGUCUUUCAACCAACGACGCUCGUCCUCGCAGGCCAGGCAAUUCACGCCCUGACGCCAGACUCCCCGUCGCUGUACCGCCUCAGCUUGGGCAUCGCCAACCUUUCAAAGAUCACCACGGAGGUAGAACUGUCGCGCGUCGAACCCAACAGGGACGGCUCGGGGCGCGAACGCCAUAUUUAUGACCUGAAGCACUUGCGCUCGGUACCGGGCGGCCACGAAAAACUACCGGCCGACGCACCGCGGUAUUUCAUCCAACGCGCGAGCAAGCGUCUCCCAGACCCCGCAGCCCUAGGGAUCAAAAAGAGCAGCUGGUUCAUCCCAGGAAAGGCGGCGCACGCGACCGCCGUGCCCAUUGAUAUUUCUGGCAUAACCAACGGGUACGGCAUUCCCAAGUUCUAUAAGGAUGGCGUCGCAAUCUUCGCCACCAACGGACGCGAAUGGACUGAUGCGCAAGGGAACGCUGUGGCUGUCAUGCAUGACGACAAAACGGACAAGCGACGACACAGCUUGAUUGUAACAGCAGCCCUGCCGCGCGGCCAAUUUGACAUGCUCGUAGCCCUGUGGUGCUGUCAUGUAUGGGAGUUUAGCGUUGUCAAUGCCCCAAAAGUGUACGAAGGGAUCGAAGGAGGUAAUUAUCUAGAUUCGGGACUGGCCCUUAUCCCUCCUGAUAUUAGUAUGGCAGCUGACUUCUGGCGCAAACAUCAGUGGCAAGGAAGAUAA